CUCGCCACCACCACCCUCUGGUGGAAUGGCCCCCGAUGGUUAACAGAAUCUCCCGAUUCUUGGCCACAAUCGCCAAUGCGCAACAUAAUUGCCCCAGAAAGUCGAAAAAUCGCCACUUAUCACACAACAAUGGAUGAUGCUGACAUCCUUGAACGAUUUUCAUCGUUCCCCCGAGCACUCAGAGUAGUCGCCUAUAUUCUCAAAUUCGUAGAGCGACUCAAACUUAAGGUAAAGGGAGCAACUUGCCCCCAAUGCGAUACAUUGACGCACCAAGACUUACAAAAAGCGAAGGUCGCUCUUAUCGCAUCAACCCAAACGCGCUACUUCAGCCGCGACCUAGGGUUACUAAGAGAAUCGAAGCCAAUUGACAAAAAGAGCUCACUCUUAGUACUAAACCCAUUUAUAGACACGAAAGGUCUGCUUCGUGCAAACGGCCGGCUUGCUAAUUCCAGCCUUACGUAUAACGAACGCCAUCCCAUAAUAAUACCAGAGAAAUCCUCAUUUGCCACAUUAUUCAUCAAUUAUAUCCAUAUACUCAUGUUGCACGCCGAACAUCGCCUCAUGCAACAUAUGGUACGCCAAGAGUACUAUGUUCCCCGCCUUAAGCCCCAAAUCAAGAAGUGCAUUUUCACGUGCAAGGUCUGCACUAUGCACAAGCAGAAAAUGAGAACCCAGAUUAUGGCAGCACUUCCACCGGAACGCUGUAACUUUGCUCUGCCUUUCACCACCACAGGUGUCGACUUUGCUGGGCCUUUUCAAAUAAAGGCGUCCAUGCUAAGGUCUCCCACCCUGAUGAAAGGCUAUGUGGCUGUCUUUGUCUGUUUUACGACAAAAGCAGUACACCUUGAGCUAUGUUCCAAUCUGACAAAGGAGGCUUUCCUCGCGGCAUUUGCUCGCUUCGUCGGACGACGUGGCUUUCCAUCCAAAAUCAUGAGCGAUAAUGGUAAAACAUUUAUCGGAGCUCAAAGAGCCACAGAGAAACAAUUUGUGGAUUUUAUGAAACAAGUCUCACCUGACAUUAUACAAAAAUAUGCUCCCCAAGGCAUCAAUUGGCAGUUUAUCCCCCCAAGCGCUCCACAUAUGGGUGGUUUAUGGGAAUCAGCCGUAAAAAGCUUCAAAUCACAUUUCAAGAAGCUAGCUGGCACUUAUAAAUUCAAUUAUGAAGAAUUCACGACCUUGUUAACUAGAAUUGAAGCCGUUCUCAACUCACGGCCUCUCGCAGCCCUCUCGCAAGAUCCAUCAGACUUUACAGCCCUCACACCAGGGCAUUUUCUUAAAGGAGCGCCCAUUCUGGCCACACCUGAGCCAGGCGUGGAGUCGCUUUCCUUAUUAAACAGAUGGGAAAGAAUUAAAAUUCUCCAUCACGAUUUCAGUCUUCGAUGGAAAGAAGAUUAUUUAAAGGACCUCCACAGAAGGUACCGGUGGAAAACACCAGAAAACGCGCCUAAGCUUGGAGAUUGUGUCUUAAUUCAUGACGAUUGUCUCCCCCCCCCACUGAAUGGCGGCUUGGCCGCAUAG